AUGGAUCAAAAUUGUUAUUUGCUUUUACGACUUUGGUUAAUCCCAUAUAAUCACCAACUAUUUUCUUUAGAAGGUGGCUCUUCUCCAAAGAAAGUUUCUAUAUCUCUGCCAAAUCUCUCGCACCAUGUUGUUUCCAAUUCUUGUAAUGGACUAAUGUGUUUGUAUACGGAUUUUCCUUGUGGAAGAGAUGUUUUUCUAUGCAAUCCAACAACAAAAGAGACAAGACUUCUUCCAUCGUCAUGUUUGGCCGCAAAAACAAAAGAUGGGAUGAUACUAGGUGUUGGAAUGGGACAUGAUCGUAGAAGCAAAGAUUUAAUUAAGGUUGUUAGGAUGUGGAUUAGCUACCACAAAUGUCGUUGUAAGAACUAUAUUAUUGAAGAAUAUGAUUUAAGAAGUGAUUCUUGGAGAAUAAUUGAAAGUGCUAAUCCAUGGAGUUGUGAGUUUGAAACUUGUUCUUUUGCAAUGCAUUGUAGAGGAGUUUAUUAUUGGUGGGGAAAAGUUAAAGGCUUGAGUACAACAAUUGUUACAUUGGAUGUGGGAGGUGGAUUUCUCAACAAGGUGGCAUUGCCAAAAGACGUUGAUAUUAGUAGUUCAAGUGGAAGAUAUUUGGGUGUUUUGAAUGAAUGUAUAACAUUGGUUUGUCGUAAUUGUUGUGAUCAAAAUGCAAACUUUGAUAUUUGGGCGAUGAAUGGAAGUGGUAAUUUGGAUUCUUGUUGGACCAAAAUUCGAACUAUAGAGAAUAGUUCACCUUGUGUUCCAUUAGUAUUUUGGAAGGGAAGUGAGCUUCUUCUAAAAAUGUUUGAUAAGGUGAGAUCUUAUAAUGUUGAUACAAAGGAAAUUCGUAAUGUCAAUUUUGAAAAUGAAGGUAGAGGAAUUGUUGAUAUAUGUGAAGCUAUAUUUUGCGAGAAGAGUCAAAUUUCAGUUAAAUCUCUACCAACUGUGAUUUAA